ACUGCUAAUAUGGGAGGAAGGUACUAUGUACAUUUCACCUGAGCCCUUUAACGAUAGCCCAGAUAAAUCUUUGUUUUAGCUGUAAAACACUGGUGUGAUUCAUUGCGCGAGUCGGUUCUGCAAUUUUUUUACAGCGCUUAACAAAACUAAAUCUUGAAACCCCGAUUAUUUUGGAGAGGCAAUUGACAAUAAUUGUACUUGUCGCAUUUUGCUACCGAUCCAGAUCAAAUCCAUCAUACAGAUCUUUGUAUGUUUCUGGUUAUGUUAUAAGUGCCCAUUUGAGAUUCUUGCUCAUUUAUGAUUAAAGUUGCGGUAUUUUCAGCUUGUGGGAUAGUUUAGGUCAGCGAGGUUUCAGUUUUGGAAGCUACAUGUGUUGUUGGAGUUUCUUGAAUUCAAUUAGUUUGAUUAGCUAUGAAACAGGGUUCCACUGAAGGGCAUUCAGCAAAGAGUGCCUAUCCGAAGAGGCUUGCAUUGAUUGUAGCCUCUUUGGUGGGACUGACCGUGUUUUUGGUUUUGACUUCAUUGUUUAUGGUUUCACAACCGAUUGGGUCUACGCUUAGUGGGUAUUUUUAUGGAGUCAGUCGUUCAGAGAAUUUUGGUUCCAUGUCUGUGCCCCCUGAUGGAGGAAUGGUCAAAGAUUUGACAAAAUUGAAUUUGACAGAGGGUGACAGGACUUUAGUUCCUCCUCUUGAAAAUGGAGGGAGUGCAUCUGAGACUGUUAGUACGCCUGAUGUUAAUGUUGUUGAGAUUAGUAAGAACCCACAUUCUACUCCUCAAGGUACAAAUGAAAAAUUGGUUUCACAGCCGGAGGUUAGUGUAACUGUGUCUGAAAAUCCAGCUGUAUCUAAGAGCGAGGAGACGGUAGACCAACCAGCAGGAAAGCUUGGUUCACUAAAUGAGGGGGAUUUCCAUAAUACUUCUUUGCCAACUAAUGUCACAAAUAGUGUUCAAACUGGAAAAGAUUCCACACCAAGCACUGAUGUGUUAUCUUCUGUAUCUCCCCUAGAGGAUAAUAUAAGCAGCAAAGUUGGUUCAGGUUACUCAGAUUGUGAUUUGUACCAUGGGCAAUGGGUAUAUGACGAAACUGGUCCUUUAUAUACCAACAACUCAUGUCCUGUCCUGACGCAGAUGCAAAACUGCCAGGGAAAUGGUAGGCCCGACAAGGAAUAUGAAAAUUGGCGAUGGAAACCUGAACAUUGUGACCUCCCCAGGUUUGAUCCGAAGAAGUUUUUGGAAUUAAUGAGAGGAAAGACAUUAGCCUUUAUUGGCGAUUCAGUUGCUCGGAACCAAAUGGAGUCAAUGUUGUGCAUCCUUUGGCAGGUUGAAGUUCCCAAAAAUCGCGGGAACAAGAGAAUGCAACGGUAUUACUUCAAGUCAACUUCUACUAUGAUUGUUCGAAUAUGGUCCUCGUGGCUUGUCCACAGAACUUCUGAGCCCUUUGACUUUGCUCCUGAAGGGUUGGAUAAGCUUCACCUUGAUGCUCCUGAUGAGAUCUUUAUGGAAUUUGUCCCACAAUUUGAUGUAAUUGUCCUUUCAUCUGGCCACUGGUUUGCAAAGAGAUCUGCCUAUAUCCUGAACAAUGAGAUAUUGGGAGGACAGCUAUGGUGGCCAGACAGUUCCAGGCAGAAUAAAAUCAAUAACGUUGAAGCUUUUGGAAUAUCUGUAGAAACAAUUCUUACUUCCCUUGGCACCCAUCCAAAUUACACUGGUUUGACCAUAGUUAGGUCUUUCUCACCUGAUCAUUAUGAGGGCGGAGCCUGGAAUACUGGAGGUUCGUGCACUGGAAAGGUAAAACCUGCACUGGCUAGUGAAAUAGUCGUGAAUGGCUUUACCAACAUAAUGCACGAGAAGCAAGUUAACGGUUUCAACAAUGCCUUGAAGAAGACGACAAACAAAUCAAAACUUAGAUUGAUGGAUAUCACAGAAGCCUUUAGCUAUCGACACGAUGGACAUCCAGGACCAUACAGAAGUCCUGACCCUAACAAAGUUACCACACGAGACAAAGAUGGAAAGCCCCCGCCACAGGAUUGCCUACAUUGGUGCAUGCCAGGACCAGUUGACACAUGGAACGAGCUGGUGAUGGAAAUAAUUAGAAGAGAGUAUGAGGGUGGUACAGGUCCUGACUCCUGAGUGAAAUACAUACCAUAUGACAUUAUUCUUAUACUUUAUACACUUGAACAGAGAGUAAUUGGCUUACAAUGCUGUUGUAAUCUAUAUUGAUGAGGGUUCAGCCUCUCUAGAUCUAUUUUUUUGUAGCACCGUGUAACAUUCAUCAAUUUUCAACUUCUUUUUCAGUUGAAAGAUGCCGAUGGGAUUAUGCUUGCA